AUGGGCAAAGCCCUCGGCUCAUGUCUGAAGAAGCUGUUGGAAGGGGAGAAGCAAUUCCUGGAAUCACAAGAGAACGUGGGCAAAUCGGAAUCAAAUAAAUCGGUUAUUCUAGAGGACUACUAUAACGAUUAUUUGCGCGAAAAAAUUCUCGAAAAGCUCCGAAACUCCAAAGGUGCAAAGAACUAUACCACAACUUCGAAUGGUGGCGAUGUGCAUGAGCAUCCCAACAAGUGGAUGAUAGUGGACGGUGAGAUCUGGGAGUUCCUGUCCAAUGAGCACAAGGCCUUCGCAUUAAGAGACGCAAUGGAGGAGUUAUCGCGAGGAAUCGAUGAGUACCUUGAUCGCCUCAUGACAGAGACCAACAACGGUACUGUGGUCAGAGUUGACAGAAAGCAUCAUCGCCUUCGAAUCGUAACUAUGAUUAAGAAAUUGCUCAGAGACCAUGGAGCCAAAGAAGGCCAAGUCGGUCAGAACAGUUGA